UUGGCGUGUAAACUGUCAAGCACACAAAGACUGGAAUGUUUUUGUUAUGCGCUCACAUGCUCACUCUUUGAUUUUAAAGCACGGUUGUUGCGCUCGGUCGAUGCUGGGUCGGGUUUAUGAAGCAGGUUCGCCGGAUGAGCCCCGCCGUGGUUCGGGAUGCGCAGUGCUGCUGACUGGGACUGCUGCAGCGUAAACAAGACGGUCCGAGGCUGCAGCGCCGCUGUCUGUGGCUGAAAACACUACGACACAGUUUCAGCGCCGGUUCACCUGUCUGCUUUAAACCGAGCACGGCUUCAUCAUGAACCGACCGUGGGUUUUUCAACGACUUCAGUUCUGCAGAAAAGAGGCUGGCCUGGUUUUCUUCUUUUAAUUAAAGCCGGACAUCUGUCAGCCUGCACAUCUGCCGCCUCUGAGCAAAUGUUCACCCUGCCGUUUGAUUAAUCAGAUGGACUUUGCUGCCGAGGGAAGUAUCAGCUCCCUCUUGAUUCUCAGGAAAGAUGACUGACAACCAGGAAAGCCCAGACGCGGAGGACACCGCUCCGUCCGGGAGCGCGACCUUGCCGCCUCUCCGGCCGCCGUGCGAGCGACUCCAGUGCCACAAGAGCAGCGUGUGCUCCCGCUCCUACUUCGUGGUGGUCAUGGUGUUUUUUCACGUAUACAUCAUAAAUGUCAUUGCACUGCUGUUUUACGUGCACUACAACAGCGGGCAGGAGGAUGCGAGCAGAAGUCGUGACGCUCCGAGCAGCAACCAGCGGCGCCCCGAGCCGGGACCUCCGCCAUCGAAGCCAGAGUUUCUGCGUGAUGUGUCCUUAACAAGAAUCGAGGGGAUAAGGGUGGGGCAUGUGCAGAGGGUGUCACUGGUGCCAGGCAAAGUGCACGAAAUGCGCACGCUGAGUAUGAAACCUCUGCUGUUCGAGAUCCCUGACUUUUUGUCGGAGGACGAGUGCCGGGUUGUGAUGCAGCUUGCCCAGCUAAAGGGUCUGAUGGAGAGCCAGCUGAUGGUGCAGGAUGGCCAGGAGGAGCUGGCCAAGGAGCUCAACCUCAGCCCAGAGGAGAUCUUCAACCUCCUCGAUAUCAACCAGGAUGGACAGUUGCAGCUCCAUGAGAUACUGACUCACUCUCGCGUGAGGGACGGCAUCUGGCUCACACCGGAGAAUCUGCGAGAAAUCUACGAUGGGCUCAAAGCUGACAAGGACGGUAAUGGUUUGCUGAGUCUGGAGGAGUUCAGGGUCCUGAGCAACGAUGCCUUCCAGCGCUUCCUGAUGCAGCAAGGGGUGAAGAGGAGUCAGCUGGUGAGGAACAGCAGACACACCUGGCUGUAUCAAGGCAAAGGAGCACACCGGGUCCUCCAAGACAUCAAGGCGAGGGUGACUCGCCUCACACGGCUCCCACCCACAUUAGUGGACCUCAGUGAGCCGCUCCAGGUGGUCCGCUAUGAGGAGGGAGGACACUACCACGCCCACCACGACAGCGGGCCUGUGUAUCCUGAAACAGCCUGCACACACACACGCAUCGCAGCCAACACCUCCACUCCCUUUGAGACGUCUUGCCGGUACAUCACAGUUCUCUUCUACCUGAACUCUGUUGAGGGGGGUGGGGAGACCGCAUUCCCUGUGGCAGACAACAGGACCUAUGAUGAAGUGUCUCUCAUACAGAAUAAUGUCGAUCUUUUGGACACCAGAAGGAACUGUAACAAGAGUAACCUGAGGGUAAAGCCGACCAAAGGGACAGCUGUUUUCUGGUACAACUACCUGUCUGAUGGAAGAGGUUGGGUGGGCGAGCAGGAUGAAUACGCUCUGCAUGGGGGCUGCAUGGUCACCCACGGCACUAAGUGGGUCGCAAAUAAAUGGAUCAACAUUGAUCCGGAUUACCAGCGGCAGGCUCGCUACCAGCAGCUGGUUUCACAGCAGCCAGAGGAAGAGGAUGAUGAUGAAGGUGUGAUUGUGAACCCAGACACACAAAGUUCUGAUAUCCAUCAAGACUUGUAGCUCAUAAACCAAAUUCAUAAAAAAAAUAAAUAAAAAAAAAACAACAAAAAAAAAGAAAACAAAAAUCUACCUAGCCUUCCUCAGACCCGUGCACAACUUCUUUGGCAACGUCCUCUGUGACUGGUAUGUAGAGACAAGAUUUAUUCAGGGAACGAGGUCACAGUGGGUUUAUGCAACUGUAAAGAGAUGCUUUUGUUAAUUAUUGCUCGGAUAUUGUUAUCCUGUUAUUUUUUAAUCUGCUGUAAUUUCCCAUUUUAGGAAUGUUGCACAAGAAACUCAGUAAAAAUCCCUUUGCAUGCUUUAGCUUCACAGGUUUUGCUGUUGCUAUGCGCAAAAAAAAAAAUUGCACUUGAAAAUUGAAAUGGCUCCUGUAAACAUUUCAAUGUCCUACCUUGUUAUUGCUGCCAUGACCAAAAAAGGCUCACACACCGUCAGUGUGAUGCAUGUUGCCUUGAGUUUGUUCCUGGAUUUAAGAAUUCCUUUAUGCCAGAUUCUUAUUGAAAUGUCUUGUUUGGAUGUUUUAUGAACGAUUUAUUUAUUCAUUUAUAUUAUUUCCUUAAAAUGCACUGUUUCACUCCCACACUUAAUAAAAUCAAAUUCAACCUA